AUGGCCCCGGCGAUGCUGCAACGCAUCUGGGGGCAGUGGCCCGACGGGCAGGCGCGCUCGCGCCGCAACGUCGGCGCUCACUGGCGCCUCGGCGAGGCUGGUCUCCCGAUCGAGCUGCUCGAGGAUGCCCUCCUGGACCCGCGGCGCUCGCAGAGGGGGGCGCGCCAGCGCGCGCAGGACAUGGUGGAGAAGCCCGACGGGAAGGAUGGCGCCACCGAGGAGUCCACGGAGAGCGGAUCGGCCUCGGAGAUGGAGGACAAGCCGCUCUCCGAGCUCAUGAAGCAGGUGUUGGACGGGAAAGGGGAGCAGGAGUCCGACGGUAAGUAUGCGAAGCUGGUGAAGGUGCUGGCGAUCCUCGCGAGCGAGGUGGCGCAGCCCCAGACCCAGCUCGCAAUGGUGACCACAGCUGAGAGCGGGGAGGAGGUGCAGGGAGGCAUCGGCAACCCCGUCAAGAUGAAGGUGAAAUCGGAGAUCGGGGAAGCAGCGCAGGAAGGCAUCGACAACCUCAUCAUGAGUUAG